UAAGUGCGCCCUCUUUCGACUACGUUUUCGUCAGGAAACAGUCGUCGAAGAUAUUUAAGAUGGCGACUUCCAUACGCAAGCUGGCGAAACUGCGGAGUGACCACGUGGGAGAGGACGAUUCAGACGAAUUCGAUUCCAGUUCGGCGGAAGAAAGCGAGGAUUCCGAUGCUGAGUUGCAGAAAGCAUUUGCAAAAGGACAGCUGAAGCCUGGUCUAAAUGUCGUGACCCACGGACCAAAGAAAUGUAUCAAUGACGUGUCGGGGAUUAAGGAGGCCCUCGCUGAGCUUCAGAAGGAUCUUCCGUGGAUCGAGAGGCUUGACAUGGUCAGCGAGGACGUCAGAACAAGCUCCGCAGACAAAGAAGAAGAAGAAGAACAGUUGAAGAAGAUGACUUCAGCUGACGAUGUACACAAUGACUUCAAACGAGAGAUGAAAUUCUAUCGCCAGGGUCAGGCAGCAGCUCUUGAAGCGAUCCCUCGUCUACAGAAACUCGGUCUGCCCACGAAGAGACCUGAAGACUACUUUGCAGAGAUGGCCAAGACUGAUGAACACAUGAGAAAGGUCCGGAAGAGACUCAUAGGCAAGCAGUUGACCAUAGAGAGAUCUGAGAAGGCCAAGAAAUUACGAGAACUGAAGAAGUUCGGUAAAAAGAUUCAACACGAGGUGCUCCUUAAGCGACAAAAAGAGAAGAAAGAAUUGAUGGAAUCCGUCAAGAAAUUCAGAAGAGGCAAGAAGGAUGCUCUAGACAUCUUAGAAGAUCUCGAUAGAAAACCAGGGAGCAGCAAGAUUGGAAAACGAGGAGUUCCAGAUGAACACUCGGUCAAGAAAUUUGGAAAAGGCAAAAAGCGGGAAUACAGAGACAAGAAAUUUGGCGAAGGUGGAAAGAAGAGAGGAACAAAGAGAAACACGAAAGAGAGCGCCUAUGACGAAAGCCGCGGAAAUACGUCCAAGAAAAUCAGGGAACAGGGAUCCACAUUAUUUAAGCCAGGUAAGAAGUAUCAGGCACAAAUGAAGAAACAAAUGAAGCGUCCAGGAAAGGCACGUAGACAACAGGCAAAUUCACGCAGGAAAAAGUGAGACAAUCGUGAGACUACAAGCCAGGAACUCCAAAGAUGACAGUGAUAAAAGUGCGAUGAACUUUGAAUAUGAACUUUGACCUUUGGUGUACUCCAGAAAUGCUCUUUCUCUGCAGUGUUCCAACGAGCAGACUACAAUGCAGUUCCAACGAGUAGACUCCAUAAGCCAUACAUGUACAUGACGUAUUUACCUUCUAUUCACUAACUUGGAAUUUUGUUAGGAAUGUUUUCUGAAUCCUCCAAAAAUUGAAUUGGAUUUGUGAGGCAUCGAGUGUAGUCUUGGUUCCAAGACGUUCUUAGCGGUUAGGUGUUUUUUUGCACGCGCACAGGUUAUUGGACUAAGCAGUGGUGAAGCGGGCACCUUUUAUACACAUGCCAAGAAGCUGCACGGUUCGUCGACAGAGUCAGGCUCGUGGAUGGCCCUAUGACCGGGAACAUGCAUGCUGUGAAUUACCCCGCUAAGAACGUCUUGAACCAAGACUACAUCAAGUUCUGUGUAAAAAUAAUCUCAAGUGAUUAUGGCUGGGCUCUAUGUUCAUCAAUCCUUCAAAAUACUCAAAAUCUUCAAAUUGAUUUUAAUGGUUACAGGACAAGUGAAUCUAGCUUGCAUGUACAGGCAUCUUCAGUUGACAGUGUACAUGUACAUGAAGUGACGUCGUCUUGCAUAGAGUUAGCAUAUAAUUGACCUAUCACCGUUUGCGAGUUAGCCACGCCACUAAGACAACCCUAUGGAAUUUGUGUACACAAAAGUUUUGUUUGUCUCAGAUUUUGCGCGUUCCGCGUCCAUUUGUAUAUCAUUUUUAUUGGACAAUAUUUCACAAGCUGCAUUGACGCGAUUCUAACACUAUUCUACCGCGAUAAGUCAAUACAAAAAGGUUGAAGUGCCAUUUUUAAUUUUAAUCUCCCCCUUGAUAAUGUGUCAAUAAAGGAUAUUUGUAAUUUUCA